GCCUCCCGGUUCCGCAGUCACUUCCUGCAGCUGUUUCCCUGUGGGUCGGGUUGGACUGACUUUUGACAGUCAGCCUUCGGCUGCGGAGGGGCUCGGCGGCGGCCGGCGGAGAAAGUUGCUCCGAGAAGAGGCUGGGUCGAGCUGGGCCGAGCCGGGCGCGCAGGGCGGGCGUCGCGGGCGUCCCGGGCGGACGCGGCGCGGAGACUGCCGGCGCGUCCCGGGGGUUCCGGCAUUUCACGUGGACCAGGUGGAUCAUCUGUGCGUGCAGCUGCCUUGGCCCUCUCAGUUGCCCCCGCCCCGUGGGAGUCGGGGGAUUCCAUCCUUCGUGAUGGCAUCCAUACCAGGUUGAGAUUUGAAGACCUUGCUUCUCAUCACCCACUGGAUUAUGCCCAAGGCUUUCCUACCCAAUGAUCCUCUUGCAACACGCCGUGCUUCCUCCACCUAAGCAGCCCUCACCCUCGCCUCCUAUGUCAGUGGCCACCAGGUCUACAGGAACCUUGCAGCUUCCACCACAGAAGCCUUUUGGGCAGGAAGCUUCCUUGCCUCUUGCAGGGGAAGAAGAGUUAUCGAAGGGAGGGGAGCAAGACUGUGCCCUGGAGGAGCUAUGUAAGCCCCUGUACUGCAAACUCUGCAAUGUCACCUUGAACUCUGCACAGCAAGCCCAGGCUCAUUAUCAGGGUAAAAAUCAUGGUAAGAAACUCCGAAAUUACUAUGCAGCAAAUAGCUGUCCUCCUCCUGCUAGAAUGAGCAAUGUGGUCGAGCCUGCAGCUACUCCAGUUGUUCCAGUCCCUCCGCAGAUGGGCUCCUUUAAGCCAGGAGGCCGAGUGAUCCUGGCCACGGAGAAUGAUUACUGUAAGCUCUGUGAUGCCUCCUUCAGUUCCCCAGCUGUGGCUCAGGCUCACUAUCAAGGGAAGAAUCAUGCCAAGAGGCUGCGGCUGGCGGAAGCUCAGAGUAACUCAUUCUCGGAAUCCUCAGAGCUGGGUCAACGGCGGGCCAGGAAAGAAGGGAAUGAGUUUAAGAUGAUGCCUAACAGGAGAAAUAUGUAUACAGUACAGAAUAAUUCAGGUCCUUACUUCAAUCCCCGCUCUCGGCAGAGAAUUCCACGUGAUCUGGCCAUGUGUGUUACUCCAAGUGGCCAGUUUUACUGCUCAAUGUGUAAUGUUGGAGCUGGCGAAGAGAUGGAAUUCCGGCAGCAUUUAGAGAGCAAGCAACAUAAGAGCAAGGUGUCUGAACAGCGGUACAGGAAUGAGAUGGAAAAUCUGGGAUAUGUAUAGUGAUUAUCAUAUUAAGAUAGAGCAGCUUGUCCUGCCUGUUGUUUGCCUUUUGUCAACUUGCCCUGCUUUGUGGUCUUUUUGAUAUGAGUACAUUCCUCUGCUUAAUGUUAAUACAUGUAACCCACAGUGGUACCAUGAGAUGUCAAAACCUGGGGGCCCGGGGGUGGGGCGGGGGAGGUGGGUGUGAAGAACGUGCUUCUUAGGUCAUAACGCUUUUGCAGGGUCAAUUGUGUUAAGCCGCUCAUAGCAUGUGACCUACCUACCCCAUCAGAAAUAACUUUUUAUCUUGCUCAAGUUCUGGUCAACUAGUAGCCUGACUGCUUAGAACUUUGACUAUUUAAAAGUUUCAUUUUCUUUUGCAAUUUUAGUUUUAUGUACUGUUAAAGAAUUGUAUUGAAUUCUUUUUAGAUCACAGUAAAAAUAGGUUGGCAGAGAUUUCCGUUUCCCAGGGCUUAACCAGAACCGCCACCUCAAUGCAUUGUCAGUAGAAUACAUUAUUAGAAACUGUUAAGGUCUUUCCCGGGACAUUUUUUUUCUGCCAUUUUCUUUUGCAAUUGUAGUUUUAUGUACUGUUAAAGAAUUGUAUUGAAUUCUUUUUAGAUCAAAGUAAAAAUAGGUCAGCAGAGAUUUCAGUUUCCCAGGGCUUAACCAGAACCGCCACCUCAAUGCAUUGUCAGUAGGAUACAUUAUUAGAAACUGUUAGGGUCUUUCCCAGGACAUUUUUUUUUCUGUAUCGUGUCUCCCCAUCAUUGAAAUGCAAGUUUUCUUGAAUUCAAAUACUCCCAAUGAGCUUGUAUACUUCCAAACCGCUAAACUUGAUUUCCAGUUGUGGAUUUCACACAUGUAAUUGCCCCCUUCUUCCCUCCUCUUUUUUCCCCCCAGUUGAAUCAGCUUGUCUAACAAGCCCAUUUUCAUGCCCCAGCUGUGCUGUGGGUUUUCCAAGCCUCAUAUUUGAAUAUUCAAUGAGUUUAAGAUGGAUAUGAUUUUAAAAAAUAGGGCCGGGCGCGGUGGCUCACGCCUGUAAUCCCAGCACUUUGGGAGGCCGAGACCGGCGGAUCACGAGGUCAGGAAAUCAAGAACAUCCUGGCUAACACGGUGAAACCCCAUCUGUACUAAAAAUACAAAAAAUUAGCCGGGCGUGGUGGCGGGCGCCUGUAGUCCCAGCUACUCUGGAGGCUGAGGCAGGAGAAUGGCGUGAACCCGGGAGGCGGAGCUUGCAGUGAGCCGAGAUCGCGCCACUGCACUCCAGCCUGGGUGACAGAGCGAGACUCCGUCUCAAAGAAAAAAAAAAAAAAAAAAAAAAAAAUAUAUAUAUAUAUAUACAUAUAUAUAUAUAUAUAUUUUCCAGCAGAUUUUAGGAAACAAAGGUGUGUUUGCUUUUCCAAUUUAGAGUUACUUCAUUGAUAGUAACAUGCGCUUAUAUCAUGAUCUAAACCAUAAGUUCAGAUUGCUUGAUAUUUUGUUUUGCCAGACUUUUUUGAUAAUCUGAUUCUUACGGUUUACUUACAUUUUCCUCUGUCUUGCCAGUCUGGUGGCCAUCCUGAAAAAUAUCACCACCUGCUGUUUUAUACACAGAGAGGAAUUUUUUAAAAAGCAAAUAAAGUUUCACUAUCUUCGUUUCCAGUAGAAAUAUACACGAACUAUGGUUUUAUUCUUUGUAAUUCGGCUUUCUUGAAGAUACUAACAAGUAUAUGAUAGAUCACUUUGGCAUCUGAUAAUUAUAUCAGUAUUAUGAUUUUUGUUUUUUGCGUUUAAAAUAAGAAGUUGUAUGAACCCAGGAGGUGGAGGUUGCAGUCAGCCAAGAAUCGUGCCACUGCACUCCAGUCUGGGUGACAGAGCAAGACUCCGUCUCCAAAAAAAAAAAAAAAAGAAGCUAUAAUAUAUAUCUAGAUUAACUAAUGGAGUGCUCUGUGAAUAUUCAUUAACUACAUUUUAUCUAUUUACUAUAUUUUAUAUGGGUAAGACCAGUGGUCAUCCGUAUUUCUUUUGAAAGCCCACUUGAUCAGGAAGUUUAUAUUUUAAGCAGUAUGUUUGCACAAUGGUCAGUUCACAUUUGAUUGCUUGUAUUACUAAUUAGAGGUAAAACUUCUAUUUUUUUCUUGAGAAUUCUGUAGGCAAAUAGAUGGGGGAAGGCAAAUUACAAUCAUUCUUUUUCUGUAAUACUUUGGGACAAUUUUUAAACAACUCAGACCCAUGUUUAAAAACGAGUUUUGUGUGAUUAACCCUUGUAUAGUAUCCAGUUACUGUCUUCUGUUGAAGUGGUGGUUCUUUGAGAAGUAGAAUUAUUUUGUAACUUUUCUUCUCCCAGAAACAGAAGAAUCAAAUACUAUUCUGUUAGGAUUCUAUCUAGACCUGUGACUCUUAGUAUAAUAACCCUUUUAUUAUUAUUAUUUUUUUUCAGUAAUCUAUAAAGUAGAGUUGCUUAGUUUUGAGCAAUUUAGGGCUUUUCUUAUUGGCCAGUAGGUUAUUCAUUUUGCUGCUAAAUAUAAUUUUUUGGUUAAUUUUAACAUUAUAGUGCUGGCCGCUUGGUUCUAUGAUUACCUAAAAAUCUAGUUUUUUUCCUCCAUAGGUAGAUGUGUGUGUAUGCAUACCCACACACAUACACACGUACAUAUAUGUUGUCAUAGAGAGGUAUUUCAACCCUUAUUUCAAAUAACAGUAGAAGAUAUGAACAUGAAUUUAUAUUUUGUAAAAAUGUCAUUCAUCCACUUUGUUUUCCAUUGGAAAUAGUUUUAAAAGAAGGGUUCCCCUUGCUCUCUCCACUUAACAAUUUCAUUAUAUACAUAGAAAAAGCAGCCGACUUAAGGGCUUGAUGUUUUUUCAGGCCUUGUGUAUUCAGGUUUCCAGUUUCCCAGUGCCCUUAAUGGAUGUUAUGAAUGCAUAAGCGCAUUUUCUUUUAAAGAAAGAAGUUAGAUUUAUAGUGUUAUUUCUUACUUGCUAUAUUUCUUUGCACUAAAAAAGAGCUAUGUGUUUGUUUUAUAGGACACUUUAGUACCGUAUUGCCUACAAUAACUCAGUUUGCUCCUUAAAUUCCAAACUCUGGGAAGUUGAUAAAUAACUUCCAUGAUCACUUGUAAAAGUUACAUGCACAUCUGAAAAAAAAUCUCAAAUCUCAAUGACAGUAGGUUGUUUUGAGCUUGUUACCUUGCAGUAUUCUUCUCUGUUCCAUAGGUGAAAACAAAGGGUGACAGAGGUUAUCAGGCAGGAAAUGCCUAAAUAGAUACAUCUCUGCAUGGUACAAUUUCUCAUAUUCAUGUAUUCCAUAAACAGUGUUUUUUCUCUGUUUAAGCAGACUGUUGUUUCUUCUGAGUCAGUGAUAUGUGAUCUUCGUUGGUUUCAUUUUGUGAAGCUCAGUCUGUCUCUGUAACAUACUUUAGGAUUUGCACCUUGUGCUCCCCAGGAAUUAUGUUAGUGUCUUUUUCUAUGCUGUCUUCAAGGAUGGACAGAGGCCUAAACAACAACAACAACAACAACAAAAAUUAGAAAAAAAAAAACUUAGAUUUCGGUAGUCAUCCAUAGGAACUCAUAGCAUCAGUCUCUUCUCUGUGAAUAAUAUCUUUGUGUAAGUUGUCAUAAAAAAUCAACGUUAGAAGAUGACAAUUAGAAUUCUUCUUAGGUAUUGAGGGUAAGAAGUUGUAAAGAACGAAAAUUCGUGUUUCAACUAAAAGAUUGGAUUGCAUAUACCUUUGAAGUGGUUUUGUAAAGAAAGUUCAGUUACUGAACUGAGUGUGCCCUGUAAUCCUUUUGAGUGCACUGAAGAUGCUUUGAAAAUACUUUGUUGGUCUUCACGUUGUGCAUCAUGUCCUGCAACUUGUAAAUAUGUGCAUGUUGUUUAUGUUUGUCUGCCUGUCUCUUAUUGCACUAAAUUCUGCAAGGUGAAUAAUUUUUUAUACCAUUUAUUUGGAAAAAGUUCCUCCUCCAACUCUUCUUCACUGACCUUUUAAUUAGUUGGUAAACUUAGAAAACCAGGUAGGAUUUUUGAAGCUCUGAGUUUAAAAGAAGAAUCGUGGCUAUUUGACAUCAUCCUUACGUUCCCCUGACUUAAAAAACUACCAAGAAGCAUGAGAUCUUCCACCUCAUUUUAGAAAGCUUUUCUACAGAACUAUAUGCGUGCUUAUAGCUACCUAUCUACAGUUUGAACAGAGAGAAAGGGAGAUAUGUAUGUCUGGUUACAUCUUCCUUCACUCCUGAGUUGGCUGGGACAGCAAGCAACAACAGUUUGAGGUCCAGUGACCUACGUAAAAUGAGUGUCAUUUGUGUCAGGGGACACAUGUAACUGUGCAACAUGGUAUUUUCUACAGGGAGGGCUAGGAAGGGUGGUUUUGGAACCUAACCUACUUUGUGUCUUCAUUGUCAGAACUUAGGUUGGAAAUGCCCUUUAAAGAACUUGGUGAGGCAUAUGCUAGGACAAUAGAGCUGCUUUAGAAAGAAAUUGAGACAUGUUUUGUCAGGACAGAUAAAAGUUUAAUGCAGGUUUUUGAACAGAUGUUUUAAAAAAAAUUUGACCUUACCAACUAUUUUUUUCUUCUAGCCAAAUCAUUGUAUAGGAGUUUCAUAUAUGAUAAAAAGUGUUUUGUUACUGUUUUUGCUUUCUUGGCAGGGGAGAACCCCUACCAUUGUGAGCUGUUACUGUCACUCUGGCUGAAUGGACAAAUAGCUGUGUAAAUAGCUUCUCAUAAAACACUUCUACUGAUAGCUGUUUGACUUUUUCUUCCCGUUAUGAAUGGGAGGAACAUUUGUAAACUUCCUUUCUGGGUAGCUACCAAAAAACGUACUGGCUCAUGGUCCCAUGUGACCUUGUCUCCGUUAAGCCCAGAAUCUGAGUGCCUUUAGCAAGUGUUAGCAUUUCACAGAGAGAAGAGAGACAGAAUUAUUGCUAUUAAUCACCAUUCAUAAAUAGGAGCUUGGAAUAACAAAGGUCUGUGUGAAUUCUGUUCUACGUCUUUUUUUCCCUUUCUUAAAUAAAUCUCAAUUUGAUAUCAAGUAAAACUAUUGUCAUUAUUGAUCAGAAACCAUACAUUCUGAAAAUGAAUCCAGUUUUCCCAAGCUGGCAGAAGUCAGAGAUCAUUUUUCACCUUGAUCUGUGUUGCGUUUAUACUUAGUGAAUGGCAGUGUGGUUGAUUGGAAGAGCUUGACACUGAUGUUUGGAAACAUUCUUUAUUCUAAUGGUCAUUUUCAAACUUGUUUUCUGUAGAGAGGGGAAAAAUUAUGUAUUUGCAGCUAAAGCGAAGAGACUGGCACAAUAAUUAUUAAUUGUGUUAGUUCAUUUCUGUAUUAAAUGAAGCAUCUUCACAAAUCAGGUUUGAAGCCAUUAAAAGCAAAAUUUUCCCUAGUUUAAUUAAUUUAAAAUUCUAAAUUGCCUGACUACUUAGAAUCUUAGAAACACACUGCUAGACUAAUUUUAUUAUAGAAAUGUUAACAUGUUCCUCAACAUUUUCUCAAGAAAAUUUUCAGACCUAUAUCAAAGUUGAAAAAACUUUGCAGUAUAACCACUGCUAGAUUCUGCCAUCAACAUUUGACUAUACUUGUAUUGCCACGUAUCUGUUCAUAUUCUCUAUCCCUCUUUUCAUCCAUUGAUCCAUCAGAUUUUUUUUUUUUAAAGAACAUUCCAAAGUAAAUUUUAGGCAAUACACUGCCCUAAAUUCUUAGCAUGGGUGUCAUUAAUUAAGGUUUAGUAUUCGUUUAAAUAUCUAUUUUGAAAGUGGUGUAUGAAGUUGAUAAUCUGAGCCAAUUAACAUACUUUUUUUUUUUUUCCUCCUGUAGACUUUUGUCUUCCAGUUUCUCUUCUUGUGUGUGCUUAGGGUGAGGGAGGACAAUUCCUUUCAAACACAAGUUUAUUUUAGAAUUGGUCAUUUUUAAGUGCUUGUCAUAAAUUUUAAAGUUUCAAUAUAAUUUUUCUUUUCCCCACUUCUGAUAAUGUAUUUUUGCCAAACUAUGCAGCUUCUUCAAAAAACUGUAAAUUACUGAUUGGGGUUUAUGAAAUCAGCGAAUACCUCAUUUCAAUCUUGCUGCUUUUCUCCCUCUUGUCACUUCUCCUUUCACUACUUUCAGCUGCUCUACCAGAAGGUAGAGGGGAGUAAAGGGUCAAACCCCUAUAUAAUUAGCUGUUUUAAACAACUCUCGGAGAGCAGAUUAAGUAGCUUAGUAAAUUGAAACUAUUAAUUUUUUUAAAGAAUUUGAUUUGAAUUCCUUGAGAAUUGUAAUUAUCCACACUUCCUCCAGCUGUAAUUAGCAGAAUUAAAAAUGAUUGUACUGUACAAUGAGUUGUUGAAAUUGUAAGCCUUAGUAACCAUCUUUAGCUUUACUGUAGUCAUGUUUAGAAAAAAUUAUUUUUACAUAUGCCUUUAUUUUUAUGCCCACUUUUUGUGGAUAAGAUUCUUUAGAUACAAUCUAAAGAAUUUAAGUGACUUUCUCCAGGUCAUGAAGAUUCAAUGGGUAGAAUUGAAUCAGAAUUGAAAUGUUCCAGAUUCAUAUUCUUGUGUGUGUUUGAUAAAAUUCAUGGUUUCCAAAGUAACUGAACACUUCCUUUGGGCCCUUGGAGGGAAAAUCCAUAUUUUUACUAAUUACACUUUUAUUUUUAGACAUCUGGCAGUUCUUUGAACUUAAAAAUAUUCUCAUGGCCAUAGUUCCAAAUUAAGCCCGACGCAGUUGCUAAAAAUCUUGCUGCACUGUUGAAUACUAAUAAUGCAACAUUUAUCGGAUGUUUUUGCAUUUUGAUGACCUUCAUGAUUCAUUUAUAAGUCUUUGUAAGUGCUUAAGUGACCCCCUCACUAGUGAAAAUAAUAAAUGUUCUAUAUCAUUUAUUAUUAUUUGUGUAUUCUCUACAUGAUAUAUUUUUUUAAGGAAGAGUAACUCCACAUGUCAGAAUGAGUGAUAUUAUCCUAGGGCAAAGCGCAUAUAGGGCAGUUUAUUUCUACUCUGCAAAUAUGGCAUGUACAGUAACAAAACUCCUUUGGAGUGGCUGGUCAUUGUUUUGCCCUCUUUUGGUACCUGAGUACCUUUCUGGGGUUUUGUAAAUCAUGUGUCAUUUGUAAGAAUUUCUCGUUAACUCUGCGUUACUUGGUGUUCACCUGUGGUAUCCUUGACUGACCAUAAUGAUUUAGUUUGGGUAUGAUGUGUCUGCUUUGAAAUGCCUUACUGGACUAUGUCAGAUCCUGCUUUAAAGCAUUCCAUAUAUCUGCUGGGACAACAAGUUGCUUCUCCUUGGAAAUAUGCUCUAGAUUCAGAAGCAAAACCGGUUUUGCUUUCACCAUUAAGGUUGCAUUUUAAUGCAGUUAUUGUUUUAAAUUAGGGAAUAAAAUGUAAAACCAAGGGAGGCUUUAGAACCCUUCAUUGAAUGGCAUGGCAAACUUUUAAAACUGCUUUUGCUAUUUCACUAGAACUAUCUUUGAUAAAGGAUAUAGCUAAAAAAUGUCAGCCCAAACUGUGUGUAAUUAGGGUUGUUUAUUAAAAUUUUCUCUAAAUGUCAUACAGGGGCUUAAGAUCUGUGUAUGCUGUUGGGUCGGAGUGCCAGUCACUGCUUUGGAAGUCUGUGUUCUGGGGCUGCAGAAUGACAAACGUGUCAUGGGAUUAAAACCAAUCAACUGUGAAUUGUGAAAUUGAAACUACUCUUUCGGUUUUAUUUUCUUUAGCAUAUUGAGUAUAGAAAUCUGAAACUUAUUUAAAAUUUAUACUGCUUUUGUUGAUGGCUCAUUUUGGCUGUGUAUCCUCACUUAUGUACUGAUUUCUGAUAAAGGCUUGACAUUAUUAUAACACGCAUUUUGUGUUCCAGUUUAAUAAAACGGUUUCUGAGUCUUGUCUGAAAA